UCCACAACUGGAAUAUAGUUCUCUCGGUAGCCAAACGGACCCGCACACGUUUAAGCUUUGGAUCGGGAUCCCCCCUCAGACUCCGAUUGAAGAAGCAGAAACAGAAAUGUUGCUCGCGUUGCUCAUCUCCAACUCCGUGGGCAACAUUCUCGUCGAACGAUAUCAUGGAGUUCCGGCGGAGGAACGAUUGCAUUGGAGAUCUUUUUUAGUUAAACUGGGAGCAGAUAAUCUCAAAGGUGCAAAAAAUGAAGAGCUCCUUGUGGCUUCACACAAGUCUGUUUAUAUUGUUUAUACGGUGCUUGGAGAUGUCUCAGUUUAUGUGGUUGGCAAGGAUGAGUAUGAUGAACUUGCAUUGGCUGAAGUGAUCUUUGUGAUAACCUCAACAAUCAAGGAUGUAUGUGGAAAACCUCCAAGUGAACGCGUGUUUCUUGACAAAUAUGGAAAGAUAUGCUUGUGUCUUGAUGAAAUAGUUUGGACGGGGAUCCUGGAGAACACAGACAAAGAUCGAAUUAAAAGGCUGAUUAGGUUAAAGCCUCCGGCUGAGUUUUGAACACUGAAAAGGGUUUCCAUCUCACUUAUGCGGAUGACGGUGAACCAGCCAUGCCACUGCUUCCUGAGUGAAUAUUUUUCUCAAAGAGAAGUGGUUCAUAAAUAUAAUUGUACCCAAUUAUAGACUAUGUCUCUACUAUUUCAAGCUUGAAUGUUUAAUUGUACCCAGUUAUAGACUGUCUUUACUAUUUCAAGCCGGAAUGUUCAAUUGUACCCAAUUAUAGACUAUGUCUCUACUAUUUCAAGCUUGAAUGUUUAAUUGCCAUGAGCACAGGAGGGGUUUAUUGUGUUAUCCCUCUCUGGUUUUGCGGAUAAUUGCAAUAUGGUCCAGGUAAUGGAUUCUAUUUAUCACUGGAUAAUUUUUGUAUCGCCUAUUUGUUUAAAGUAAAUUCGCAUUUGUUUGAA